AUGGCCACCACUAAUUCUUGCAUCCUCCAAUUCACCCCUUCCUAUUAUGCAGCCACACAGGGCAAUGAGUUCAACUUCAGUGGCCUGUACCUGUACCACACGUACAAAGGCUCUAACGCCAACCAGGUGGAAAUCAUACCAAGACACCAGUUUGGCACAUUGACCGUUAACAACUGGGUUAUUCGUGAUGGGCUCUCAGGUUCUGCCAAAGUCAUUGCGCGUGCCCAGGCCUGCAUGUCAAUGCCAGUGACUGGCGUAGCUCCUUCAGCCUAG